AAGAAGGAAUUCGUGUAACCCUAAGGCCGCUGGCAGCGCUAUCCUUCCGAGCGGCUCCGGCUCCAAUCCAAUCCAAGCACAUCUCCCGGAGCCGGCGUCUUUGGGUGCUCGGUUCCAAUGGCGAGCUCGACUUGUUCCGAUGACAAGGUUGAUCCCCUGGUUCAGAAACACGCACCCGCCGGAAUCCCGGAGGCGCUUACGACGACGAAGAAGAAGAAGAAGAAGGUGUUGAUUGCGGUGCCAGAAUAUGAUGUGAGAAGUGUCCUCGCUUACAAGGAUGAACCCGUGGAUUUGGAGGUGCCCGACUACUUGAUCAGGGAAAACCCGAAACAGGCUGCGGUCAUGUUCAUGAUAAAGGCCAACCUGGCCAUGUACAACGAGCACACCAAGGCACGGAUGCUCGAGGAGCAGAGAGACUUUAAGCACCAACUAAAAACCAAGGGCAGAGUCACCUACGAGCUCGAGGUUGAUGAGGACGAUCCGAGAUUUAAAGAUGAAUGCACCACCAGCUCUGCUGGAGCAGGACGGAGGAGGCACCGCCCGGGCGUCAUGAAAAAGCAAGACGGACAGAUCAAGAGGCUAAAUUAAAUUAUUAUUUUAUUUGAUGCAAGUCGUAUCUUCUUGGGUUGUCAAGACAAGUCUUUAUCAAUAAUUACUCUAUUAGUAUGUGA